AUGGAGCCCGAUAAGCCUUACAUCUACCCUCUACAGGGCCAACAUACACAUACCUUCAUCAUGUUACAUGGACGUGGGGGCAACGGCGCCGAGUUUUGCGAGCAGCUGUUUUGGUCUGUCACCUCGCAGAUGAAGAAUUUACCCGACAGCUUUCCCAACUUCCGCUGGGUAUUUCCAAGCUCAGACAUUCGUUUCAGCACUAUGUCUCAAGAGCAAGAGCAGUCCUGGUUUGAUGUCUACUCUCUAACGGACCCCGACACACAACCAGAACUCCAAGUGGAAGGCCUUAGAGAGUCCGUCUUGAAGAUCCUAGAUAUCCUGAAUGAUGAAAUAGAGCUCGUUGGUGAUCCAAGACGCGUCUUUCUCGGAGGCAUCAGCCAGGGGAUGGCGACUGCAUUGUGGACCUUCCUUUGCGCACCAGGCCGCAUCAAAGGACCUCUCGGGGGAGUUGUAGGAUUCUGUGGCUGGCUGCCUUUUGCUGAACCGGCAGAGACUUUGAUUCAACGCCAGCAAGCAGAGAAAUUGCUUCGGCAAUACUCGAUCAGCGGCACUACGCUUUUGAGUGAAUCUAGUAGGCUUGACAAGCGACUCCAGCUAUCGAAGCUAUUCCUCGACACCAUUGCCGGUCCCGACGUCCAUCAAGUUACUGAAGAUACUGACAUUUCCGUGCUAUCGACGCCAGUAUUCCUGAGCCAUGGCGCAGAUGACCGACGCGUGUCUGUCAGAUUGUUUCGCCGGGCACUACACAUUCUACAGGAUGUCGGCAUAUCUGCGGAAUGGCAAGAAUUCGCCGGCGCAGAGGCAGGAGGCCACUGGAUAAAGCAGCCGGAGGGAAUAGAACAGAUCGUUGAGUUCAUUCAGCGGCAGCUCUGA